AUAUUUAUGUAUGAGUAUUUAUUUAUAAAAAUGUUCGUAUGUAAACGAGUCUUUUCUAGCGGAGCUAGCUCGGUGGAGCUUCGGUGUCUUUGUGUGUGUCCUCCAUUGACACAAAAAUGUCUUGUGGGCUGAGGAAAGAGACCCUAGCUGUGGCCCUGGAUUACCUGUCCCUGAGCUGCAGGAGCCCACUCCAGGCCCCCCCACCUCCCAGCGAGUCAGCUGCUGCCAUGAGGCGCCUGGCCCAGGACAUGGAGGCGCAGUACCAGCCCCGCUUCUCCACCUUAGCACAGAACUUCAGGAAGCACAGCGGGCCGGACCUGUGCUCCAGCCUCAGGAAGGUGAUGGAGGAGCUGGUGGGAGAUGAACGCUUGAACUGGGGGAGGGUCGUUUCCCUUUUUGCAUUCGUGGGAGUGCUGGCGAGGCAGCUGAGGGAGCAAACAGACAUGAACCCGGGGCUGGACCCCGGGCGGGAAGUGGCGCCCGGGCCUGUGAGCUGCCAGGCGCUGGCAGAAACUGUAGCUGAUUUCCUGGGAGGAGACAAGAAAGAAUGGAUGCUAGAAAAUGAUGGAUGGGAAGGCUUCUGUAAGUUCUCCAGAACAGCCAGAGAGGUGAGUCAGGACUCGUCCAUGAAGACUGCGCUCUUCGCGGCGGCCAGCGUGGGCCUGGCUGGACUCACCUUCCUCCUGGUGCGCUAGAAAUGUAUCGACCUGUUCUCCACUGGGGGACAGUGGCUAGAACAACCCUCACUUGUUUCUUAAGAUUGUAAAAAAAAAAAAUGUUUUUCUUCAUCUUUGUUUUAUCACCUCGCAGGACCCAUUCAAAUUCUUCACUUUUAAAGGUUUAUUCUUCAACCGCGCAGCUAAAAUACUUCAUUUUAAAAUGAAAAUUUAGUUUUGAAAUGAUCAGCUGCCAUGUUUUUCAUGAGUUGUGCAUAAAUUAAUUCUAGUGUAAAUUAAUAUAUUAUAUUUAUAUCAAAUGAAGCAGUGGCCCUUUUUUGUAAUCUGCAGCUAAGUCCCUUGUUCUGAAGUUGUUGUUUUUUUUUUAGGAAUAUCUGUGAUUUAUAAGGUCAGCAACACUUUCCAGUGAGAUUGGCCACACUAUGGUGCUAUUAAAUGUUGCAUAGGAAGCUAAUAAACCAGGGACCAAUCUGACUUUUGCAUUUAAACAAUCUAUCCUUCGACCUAUGAAAAAUAUAUUUUUACAUUUUUUGGUUCUAUUUAUUUUUCCCUAUUUUGUAAUAAAAGAAACAAGUGUUUA